UUUAUCAAUUAAUUGCGCGGCCACACAGCUGUAUUUUGCACCAAAAUUCCGACAAAUUAAAUGCCAUAAUGCAACGGGGCAUCGACUCAUUCUUCAAGCGGCUGCCCAGCAAACCGAAAAAUGCGGACGCAGCAGUCGGCGAGACGCCACCAAAGGCGCCAAAACGCCGCAAGCCCCUUGUGAUAUCCAGCGACGAGGACGAGGUGGCCGCCAGUCCCCAGGAAUCCAAGAAACGCAAGACCUCCAAGGUGAUAUCCAGCGAUGAUGAAGUUGUGACGGCCACUCCAGAGCCAGAUAAUAAGAAAUCGAUUACAAAUGGCAAAAAACCGGCCUUGUCAAAGCUGAAGAAGCACGUGGAUCCUUCGGAGCUGUUUGGUGGCGAAACCAAGAGGGUGGUGAUACCCAAGCCAAAGACCAAGGCGGUUCUGGAGUUUGAAAAUGAGGAAAUCGACAAGAGCCUCAUGGAAGUGGACCUGGAAGAGAGUUUAAGGGCCGCGGAGGAGGUGGAGACGGUUCCCAAGACGGAAAUCAAGUCCACAGCCGAGAAAAAACCCAAAAUAAUCAGUCCGGAACCUGCCAAACCAAAGGCUGCCAAGCCAAAAGCCACCACUCCGCGGGCCAAGAAAGAGAAGCCUCCGGUUGAUCUGGAAACCAGUGUUUUAACGGACGAAGAACGCCACGAACGGAAACGCAUGUCUGCCGUACUCUACCAGAAGUACAAGAAUCGCAGCAGUUGCCUAAAUCCGGGCAGCAAGGAAAUCCCGAAAGGAUCGCCAAAUUGUCUCAGUGGUCUGACCUUUGUGGUCACCGGAGUCCUCGAGUCCAUGGAGCGCGAGGAGGCCGAGGCGGUGAUCAAGGAGUACGGUGGCAAAGUGAUGACAGUAGUGGGCAAGAAGCUGAAGUAUCUGGUAGUAGGCGAAGAAGCAGGACCCAAGAAACUGGCCGUUGCUGAAGAGCUCAACAUACCCAUUCUCAGCGAAGAUGGUUUAUUCGACUUAAUCAGGGAAAAGUCAGGCCUAUCCAAGUCGGUUAAAGAGGAAAAACUGAGCCCCAAGGAGCAGCAGAAGGCCACCAGCAAAGAAAAGGUGAAAACCGAGGAGAAGUCUGCCGUCAGAAAGUCGAAGGUUAAAGAGGAGAAAGAGGAAACGAAACCAAGAGUUAAGGAAGAAAAGAGUGCUACCAAGCAUAAGAUCAAGGAGGAUCACCCGACUUCCCCCGACGCCAAAAAAGCAAAGCACAAUGGAGAACCCGUGCCGGCCGUCACCCUCAAGGUUAAAAAGGAGCCAAGUUCCCAGACUCCGGUGAUAAAAGCCACCGAAACCAAGAAGCUGGAUGAAAACAGCAUGGCAUGGGUGGACAAACACAAGCCCACGAACAUAAAGGAGAUUGUGGGCCAGGCAGGAGCCGCCAGCAAUGUAACCAAGCUAAUGAAUUGGCUGACCAAGUGGUAUGUUAACCACGACGGCAAGAAUAAACCACAACGACCUAAUCCCUGGGCAAAGAAUGAUGACGGCAGUUUCUACAAGGCGGCGCUGCUCUCAGGACCGCCAGGUAUCGGAAAGACCACAACUGCCACUUUGGUGGCCAAGGAACUGGGAUUCGAUGCCGUAGAGUUUAAUGCCUCGGACACGCGUAGCAAGCGCCUGCUCAAAGACGAAGUAUCCACCCUUCUGAGCAAUAAAUCUCUUUCGGGCUACUUCAGCGGCCAGGGGCAGGCUGUGUCCCGGAAGCAUGUGCUUAUCAUGGACGAGGUGGAUGGAAUGGCCGGCAACGAGGAUCGCGGUGGCAUGCAGGAGCUUAUUGCGUUAAUCAAGGACAGCUCGAUUCCUAUCAUUUGCAUGUGUAAUGAUCGCACUCAUCCAAAGAUCCGAUCAUUGGUCAACUACUGCUAUGACCUGCGAUUCCAGAGACCGCGUCUCGAGCAGAUCAAGGGAAAAAUCAUGAGCAUCUGCUUCAAGGAGAAGGUUAAGAUAACGCCGGCCAAGGUGGAGGAGAUAAUAUCUGCCACCAACAAUGAUAUCCGCCAGUCUAUCAAUCACAUAGCCCUGCUCAGUGCCAAGGAGGACACAUCCGACAAAGCGGGUCAACAUGUGGCCAGCAAGGAUCUCAAGUUGGGUCCUUGGGAAGUGGUACGAAAAGUGUUCACGGCCGAGGAGCACAAGCGCAUGAGCCUUGCCGACAAGUCCGACCUCUUCUUCCACGACUACAGCCUGGCCCCGCUCUUUGUGCAGCAAAACUACCUUCAGGUGACACCAAAGGGGAACGCGAAGGAUGUGCUGGCUAAGGUGGCGGCUACGGCGGAUGCGCUUAGCCUGGGCGAUCUGAUCGAUAAGCGUAUACGUGCGAACUCUGCUUGGAGUCUGUUGCCCACUCAGGCCUUUUUUAGCUCAGUGCUGCCUGGUGAGCACAUGAGCGGCCACUUCACUGGCCAAAUCAACUUCCCCGGCUGGCUAGGAAAGAAUUCCCGGACGGGAAAACGGGCCAGGCUGGCUCAGGAGCUCCAUGAUCAUACUAGGGUAUGCACCUCAGGGUCUAGGUUAUCUGUGCGGCUGGAUUAUGCCCCAUUCCUGCUAAAUAAUAUAUGCCGGCCUCUGGCCAAGGAGGGACAAGAAGGUGUGCCGGCUGCAAUCGAAGUCAUGAAGGAUUACCAUCUAUUGCGCGAGGAUCUGGACUCGCUGGUCGAGUUGACUUCGUGGCCGGGCAAGAAAUCGCCCCUAGACGCCGUGGAUGGCAGAGUAAAGGCCGCUCUGACACGAACCUACAACAAGGAAGUGAUGGCCUACUCCUAUUCCGCUCAAGCUGGCAUUAAAAAGAAAAAAGCCGAGGCUGCUGGCGGCGGCGAUGAGGACUACCUUGCCGCAGAUGAUGCUGACGAAGAGGGCGCCGGAACUAAAGCCGAUUCGGAGGACGAUGAGGAUAAGGAUAACCUGGAACUCGACGGUCUUAUAAAGACUAAAAAAAAGUCUACAGCAGCCAGCACUUCGAAGGCAGCUGGUGGUUCCAAAAAGGCAGCAUCCUCAACCGCCUCAAAGUCAAAGGCAAAGGCUAAAAAGUAAAGCCACAUAAACCCUUCAUUUUCUUUAAAUUAUUUCAUUAAUCAUUGUCCCAGCCAGGAAUCCCUCAAAAGAUGCAAAACUCGAUGUUGAAAAUUAAAAUCUAUAUUGUUAAACAUUUAUAUAAAUACGCAAAUAAAUUAAGUGCUUGUCAUAUUUUAGAAAUACAAUAACAGCAUUCCAUCAUUCCCCAAAUUGAAAAAAAACACGUUGAUUUUAAAUAAAGAGUAAUAAAUUUGCCAUUUGUACAUAUA